AUGGAAAUUGGGAAGGAGGAGGUCACUGCUGUCAAAGUGCAGGAGGUACGUGCCACGAGGAUACACGUGCUUGACUGGGCAGGUAAAUUGCGUGCGCUAGAGAAGGUAUUUGGGGAUAUGGUGGUACAGAUGCAUGGUUACGGGUCGGAGCGGUUUGCAAAGACGCUGAAUGCGAUGCGCAAGCUACGUGAUGUUAUGGCCAUGGACUGCGAUAUGGAUCUAUUUUGCCGGACGUCACGGUGUCCUGUGGUGCUCCCAUUACCCGGAACCAACGUCUCUCGCCUGGUCUACACUUCAUCCCGGACAACCGAGGAGGCAAUGGAUAGCGUCCCUGUGUCUGUGGUGUCUUCAGAACCCACAUAA